AUUAUUUCCGUUUGCGCAUGCGUAGACGAAAGACUUCCUUGCUAACAUCGGCUUCGCAUUUCUAAACGUAGAAAUAUUGGCUUCGGUUUUUAUUUAUUUUCAAUUAAACGAAUAAUUUUUAGGAGGUAAGCAUUUUGCUAUAACUACUCAGGAAAAUUAUGCUAAUCCGAUUACUGUAGUUUUCGUUAACCUCUUCAACAAAACCGGGUUGCAUGCCUCUAACAAAUACAUUAUCCGUUCCUUUUUCAGUGAAAAAAAAACAUGAGUAGCUCGGAAGAAGUUUCCUGGAUUUCUUGGUUUUGUGGUCUGCGGGGUAACGAAUUUUUUUGCGAGGUUGAUGAAGAUUACAUACAAGAUAAAUUCAAUCUAACUGGUCUAAACGAACAAGUUCCACACUACAGGCAAGCACUAGAUAUGAUAUUAGAUUUGGAACCAGAUGAAGAAUUAGAAGACAACCCUAAUCAAAGCGAUCUAAUAGAACAGGCUGCUGAAAUGCUAUAUGGCCUAAUUCACGCAAGAUAUAUAAUGACAAAUCGUGGAAUAGCCCAAAUGAUAGAAAAGUGGCAGCAAGGAGAUUUUGGAUAUUGCCCAAGAGUUUAUUGUGAAAAUCAAGCUAUGCUACCCAUAGGCUUGUCUGAUGUACCUGGAGAAUCUAUGGUGAAGCUAUAUUGUCCCAAAUGCCAAGAUGCGUAUACACCUAAAAGUUCCCGCCAUCAUCAUACAGAUGGUGCAUACUUUGGAAGUGGUUUCCCUCAUAUGCUAUUUAUGGUUCAUCCAGAAUACCGACCGAAACGACCUAAUAAUCAGUUUGUACCCAGAUUGUAUGGAUUUAAGAUUCAUCAGGCAGCUUACACAAUACAAUAUCAAGCAGCAGCUAAUUUCAAAAUCCCGCAGCGCUCUAUCGCCUUCAAUAAUGGGAAGAGAUAA